CUCCAAGUUCUGGACUACAGCAUAAUCAGCCAUAAACCCGGCUUGUGUGAUUAGUUCUGGGAAAAUGUCUUCUCUCCGAAAUCUGUUUCGCACUUGUCUUCGGGCCCAAUUUACCCACGAGUCUUCUACUCCUCUCAACUAUCGGAAUCAUCUGGUUCAUCACGGAGCCUUCCUUCCCUACCGCAGAUGCCAGAAUGCGACGCGAUUUAGUACACACUCGGGGCGUCGCUCUCUCGAAGUCGACUCAGAUAUUAUUUCACAGCAGAUACUUUUGUCCAAUACGGAUCGGCCUUCGUCAUCACGGCGGCAAAAGAAGAAACAAGACCAGACAGAUGCGACGCGGAAGCCGAAACGCACCGCCAAUACAGCAAAACCUCCAGCGCGUGCUGGUUCCAAGUCUACCCAGAAACGAUCGUCAGGAUCCUCGCACACGAAAACACACUCAGCUACGGACCGAGCUCCCCUACAACCGAAACCAAAGAAGAAGCUGGAGGGGUGGCAAAUUCAGAAGGCCGCCUUGAAGGAUAAAUUUCAGGACGGAUGGAAUCCAACCAAGAAACUGUCGCCGGAUGCCCUUGAGGGUAUCCGUCAUCUACAUUCUAUUGCCCCGGAAAAAUUCACCACCCCCGUCCUCGCGGAGCAGUUUGAGGUGUCGCCGGAAGCCAUUCGACGGAUUCUGAAGAGCAAAUGGCGAGCUACCGAGGAGGAGUUGAACAAUCGUCGCGAACGAUGGGAAAGACGACACGAUCGGAUUUGGAACCAUCUAACUCAGCUGGGUCUUCGGCCGCCAACAAGGCGUACCACACCCUCUGACGAUGUCAGUAUCCUGUACGAGAAGCGUGGUGACGAGAGAAAGUGAUGGAGAUUUACCGUGGAUGGCAUACCUGUUAUCAGGUGCGCUUCAAGUCGGGAGUCGAAAAGGUCCCAUUGUAUCUAUACUAAUCAUGUAUUUACGUACGCAUUAACCCUGUAUAAUAUCAGAUAGAACUGCAUUAGUCGUCGGUUUCAUGCUUGAUCCUUGGAAUGGUCGUGUCUGGAACAUGUGACGUGUCUAUAGGAGCAUGGCGAAAACUCGAGGUCAUUACGAAUAACCAAUAUAAUACUGCGCGAUAUACAAAGCCAACCUAUGCAGUAAUAAGUAAUUGAAGCUGUUGCUUACCUACGGAGUUAGACAAGGGCCCACUGUUGGAGUAGUUCGGCCGUCAUGCAAGUCCGCAGCCAAACGAACCGCGUCGCCGA